AUGGGUCAUCGUCGCUUCUUGAAUCGCGAUCACAGAUAUAGACAUGACCGGAGUAGAUUUGAUGACAAAGUAGAUGAUAGAUCUCCAUCUACCAAAUUGACUGGCAGGGAUGUCCUGAGACAAUUGGAGGGUGUGCACGUCUCACAAGGCAAGGUGCAAGCGGUGGGCGAUAAAAGAAGGCGCGGACAGCAGACCGUGGUGCAAGACGAGUCACCCUGGAAAAAGAGAAAUGUAUUCUUUGAUCUGCCAUAUUGGGAGAACAACGAAUUACGUUACAACCUUGACGUCAUGCACAUAGAGAAGAAUGUAUUGCGACAACAUUGUUUAAACCAUGUUGAACGAGAGCGUAAAUCCAUAGAUCCUCAACAACUUCCUCUCCUUCCGGAUCGUGUGGUCCAUACUUUGUGCCACAUGGAGAUGAUAUUUCCACCUUCCUUCUUAACAGUUAUGGUUCAUCUAACGGUGUAUUUGGUCGAGGAGGUACGUCUCGGUGGCCUAGUGCAUUAUUGGUGGAUGUACCCAAUUGAGAGGUACCUAUGUCGUCUCAAGCAGUACGUGCGUAACAGGGCACAACCGGAAGGAUCGAUUGCAGAGGGCUACUUAUCCGAGGAGAUUCUCACAUUCUGUUCAAGAUACCUAGAUAAUGUCGAGACUAGGAUCAACCGACCGACACGCAUUGACGACUGGCCGAGCGAUGCUCCGCCGAGCAAGAUUGCCAACAUGUUCCCAGAGGUUGGAAAGGCGGUCGAGGCAGCGUCAUUUUUUACUCUAACAGCAACCGAAAAGCUUCAAGCACAUCGUCAUGUACUGGUCAAUUACAUUGCUGUAGAGAAAUUCUUGGAAGCCGUCACAAAGAGAAAACUGCGAAAUAAAACAAGGUCCCAGUCUCAGAUAGAUAGUGUUGUGCACAGAGAAUUUUUCAACUGGUUCAGGCAUGAGGUCCCAUUUGGAAGCACCAAUCAUUCGAACGAGUUGCAGUGGCUCGCCUGCGGUCCCCUUGCUCAGGCCAGACGCUAUCGGGCUUACAACGUCAAUGGAUUUAAAUUUAGGACCAUGUCAAGGGAGGAAGGGAUGAAAACACAGAAUAGCAGGGUUUAUGUCACUUCGGAUACUAAAAGUUAUGCAAGUAAACGGGAUGCCAAUGUCGCUGUUGGCGAUGUCUCGUAUUACGGGAGAUUAGUAGACAUCAUCGAGCUAAAUUACAGCGGUCAAUUCACUAUAGUCUUGUUCAAGUGUCUUUGGGCAGACACCACGUCGGGCAGAGGCAUCCGACAAGACGUUUUGGGCCACACCUGUGUCAAUUUUGCCACUCCGAUUCACACCGGUGAUCAUGAAGAUGAUGAGUCGUAUAUCUUGGCAUCUGAGGCGCGUCUUGUGUUCUACGUGGAGGAUGAGGUGGAGAACGGAUGGAGUGUAGUAGUCCAUGUGAAGCCAAGAGAUUUGUUUGACAUGGGCGAAGAUUAUGAACAUUGCCUGCGGUUGACAAGAGACGGCGAUUUAGAGGAGUCCACUAAUGACGGGGUUGAAGAUUGUGAUGAGGCCGCUGAUUCCUAA